UUUGUAAAAGACACGAGCUUUGUGUCACACAGCAGACUAUUCCCAAGAAGAUCUAAACCAAAGAGCGCCCGGCAGCAGCACAGGCCACAGCGCGUCAAAGAAGCCAUGCGCUGCGCGCGGGGCAGAGACCCCUCCCCACCCUGUAGGUUAGAAACGGUGCCUUCUUCUGGCCGCGAGGCACCCUGCUGCUGCCUUCCCUAACCCUGCGGAGGCCAGCCUGACCCCACCCCUCACCGCUUAUGGAGGGGAAGGAGGGAGGGAGGGCAAGGAACGAGGCUGAUGUCACCAGCAGGUCUUUAUAAGGGGGCUCCUUUUAAGAACGGUACAUUUUGACGGCAGCUGAUCCGGUGCAGGAGUCGCUGGUUAAAAAGGAAAAGCAAAGGCAGCCUGCGUUCCAAAGGGGAAAUGCAGCCUUUACAUAGCUGCCAGCAUGUCAGACCGUUUAAACAAAGAAAGAGUUUUGCAACCCGAGUUGAAGAAGUUGCAGGCAUACGAGGAAAGUUCCCAACAAAAGUCCCAGUUAUUGUUGAAAGGUACCAGAAAGAAAAGUACCUUCCCCUGCUAGACAAAACCAAGUUUCUUGUGCCUCAGGAGCUGACCAUGACUCAGUUUAUAACUAUCAUCAGAAGCAGAAUGGCGCUGAGUUCUACGCAAGCUUUCUAUAUGCUGGUAAACAACAAGAGUUUAGCAAGCAUGUCUCUAACGCUGGCAGAAGUCUACCAGGAUUACAAAGAUGAAGAUGGGUUUGUGUACAUGACUUAUGCUUCCCAAGAGAUGUUUGGAGGCCUCUUAGCCACUGGCAAGGGGAAAUGUAAGGAAUGUCUCAAGAAAACAUAAGUGUUCUCUCGGGUGACAGCUAUGUGGCUAGACAGCGCAGCUGUGAAUCAUGCGAGCUACCUGAAAAUGAAAGGUGCUCUCUCUAAAUGUGGGCUCCUCUCGAAGGAUUCAUGGUCCAGGAGUUGGCAGGACCCGACCAAAGAACCACGUGAUGGAACAAACCAUCCUAAAUGAGUGACACGGACAAGUACUUUGUAUUUCGCUCCUUUCCUGCCCAAAACAAGGUAGCAGGGGAUGCACUUCAGUGUUUAAAAUAAUAAUAAUAAUAAAUGAUGUAACUGCUUUUAAAGGUGGUGUUAAAACCACCACUGGAAUACUUGCUUGCUUCCACCUGUGGUUGCAUCUCGGUCCAAAAACAGGUAUUUCUGGAUGGUCAGCAAACAGCUCCUCUAAAUGAGUAACUGUGGUCAGUUUUGAAAUCCGUACAAAUCUAUGGCUAUGUCAUCAUCAUCUUUGAGGGGGCACACACACCAAAGGAAGAAGCUCACAAGUGCAGAGAAUGCCCCCACUGGGUAAGACCAGUGAAAAAUAAAGGGAUUUUUAAAACCAGGUCACAUGGUCUGGGCAGGAAUGAUCUGCUUAGCAGCUAAGAAUAAUGUAUGCACUAAAGAUUUUACUAACUGUUUCAGAGUUACUGUAGCACUCUUUUGAUUCUAAUCCGUGGUGUUGAGCACUGCAAAACACAGAGCCAUAGCUGGCUUUUCUAUGCCCCUGCUCUUGUCUACAUAUACCUCCAGGAGGAAUACCCCUAAGGAUGGAUUUACAUGAUACUACACACACACAAAUCCAUGUGGAAGUGAGUUUUAUUGAAAGGGCUGAGGCAAUGGCAUGUAAUGGGCCUCUUUCAGGCAGCACUGCUGCACAUGGAUCCCACUGCGCAGUACUUGUAAAAAAAAGCAGGAGUUGGUAGGGUGAAAUAGAGCUCUGGCCAGGUAGGGAGUUCAGGAGCACAGCUCUCCAAAUGGAGAUAUGAUCAGUAUGUGAAUAUUUACUGCGCCAUCUUGUGGCUGUUUAAAUUGAGGGGUGGGGAACAGGCGUUUUAACUAACAUUGGAGCUGAGACAGCAAUCCUUGAAGCUCCAACAGUAGUUUUAUCAUGAGGCUGUGUUCUUGCCUUUUGAACUCUGUGCUGAGCUUUCUAUAUUUGGGUUUAAGAUAAGAUUGCUCCAUAAAAAGGGCACCCUGUUAAAAACAUGACUCCCGUCCGUAGCUAACAAAGUGCAAGGCAAUUAGAAGCUCCUUGGUCCUUAAACCUUGUUGCUAAACUUAACCGCCUGAGCCUCUUGUGUCAAUGUCAUGUUUAAGAUGGCCGCCUGUAUCUCAAGGGAACUUAGCUGACUUGGGGACUCUCUUGAGUUGACAGGUCCUAGUCUCGCAUAAGCCAGAUGUCUUUAGAAGGGGUGCAUCACAGACUAUCAGAGUAAGAGACCAGGGAUGGGGAACUUGCAGCCCCUCCCAUAUGACUUCCAUCAUUUCUGACUAUUGAUCAGUGGGAGUCAAAUCAUAUCACUUGGUUAACAGGUCCCCACCACACCCUUGGAAAACACCUUCAUGGCUCAAACAGUAUUUUAAAUAGGUAUUCCCUGCAGUGUGGACAACAAUUCCUCCUAUAUAUGGCACACAACUUGGUUUAAUGGACCGCUAGCUCUAAGAACCAGGAAAGGGCCUGGAUUCUGUAUACAGUAUCACUACAUUAAGUGGUGCUGAAUUAUCACUAGUUAUGUAAAUAAAGAAAUAUAUAUAUUGCAGUAUAUCUGUUAGCUUUCCCCCCAAAAAAAUAAAUAUGGAUUUAGACUUGUUGAAGUGGAGUAGCAACCCCAUCUUAAGAUCAGUUUUCAUCUACCAGUUACAUCUCUCAAAAGCCAUUCUCUGUUGGCAUCCUUGAUGUAUGAGUCGUCCUUUAUUUGUUUGUUUUAAGAAGCUGCUGUGCUGGCCUACCAGCGUUCCUGUUUGAAAAGAGAACCUUGGCAAAUGUUAAGAGUAUGUGCUGUCUAGUCUACAUUUUAUGAUUCUGCCUGCAGCUGGUGUGUGUACUUGUACUGUAUGUACUUCGUUGAAAGCCAUUUUUUAAGGGGGGGUGGGACUUAAAAACAAACAAACCCAUGGAGUUUUUGCCAUUGCAGAGCUUAAGGCAACAUCACCUGUUUAGCAACAGCAGCAUUCUUGUGUCUUUUCCGAUGUCACUGCUGGCCAGGGGCAGAGGAAGGGGGGGGCGGGUUGACCCGGGUGUCACCACUGAGGGGAGUGACAAAAUGCCUUCCCCCCAGCUGUAGGGCGGCUGAGUGGGAGGAGGCAGGCAGACUCCUCGGAGACGGAGACCCUGCGGAAUGUCCUGCCCCGGCUGACCCUGUGGGCGGCUGGCCCCACCCCUAGGCGCAGGCCAUGUGCGCCGCCCCAGGCGCCCGAUUGGCUGGCUCCACCGCUGCUGCCGGCGUAUAAAAAGAUGAAGAGUCAGAGUAUCAGGAAUGGAUGGUAGUUUUCAAAUACCUCCUGCAGGAGGCUUCUCACUUUCCAGCCAUCUGCUUCUUGAUAUCCUGUAUGAGAGACUUAAAUGGACAUGCUAAGCAUUUAAAACUCUGGAGUAGUUACCUUACUCCUCUAAAGUACAGUGGUACCUCGGAUUAAGAACUUAAUUCGUUCCGCACAAUUUCUGUUCUCAUCCUGUUCUUAACCUGAGGCAAAGUUC